AAAUUGAGAAGAGAGAUAAAGAAAAAUGGAAGGCCAACCAUAAUGUAACCUCUUUGCAUAUGCAUGAUCCCUUUUAGUGGAGGCAAAUGCAGGAAGCUGAAAGCCAAAUAACGGUUGGAGAUUCUGACCUUUCACUUGUGUGAGCUUGCAAGAAAGACAAAGUUAAGGGAUAGUUUGGAUGUGGCUGCUGCUUCAGUUUGGUACUUGCCAUAUGUAAAUGUUAAAUCCAUUUAAUCUAGUACUCCUCACUCAUUGGGAUCUUCAACUCCCUCAAAGAACAGAAAGAAAAGCCCAGAAAUCUUGGCCGUUCAAUCCAUCAACGAAUGGUUCUCACUUGAUUACACGUGCUGCCUAUCUUUUCUUCCCCUUUUAAUCUUUGGCUUCCAUGCAUGGAAUUCUCCUCCAACUAUAACACAAAAACAAAGGGGAGAGAGAAAGAGAAAGCGUCAUGGUUUUUUUGCUUUGAUUGUUCUUCUUAUAGGCCUGUUCAUCGCAUCAUUGGCGACCCAUCUCCUUUCAAAAUCUUUAUUUUUCUCAUUUAAAAAGCCAUUAAAAGCUUUUUGUUUUUUGUUAAACCAUUGGAAGGUGUUGAGGUUAAAAAAAAAAAAAGAUUUAAAGAGUUUCUUUUUGUGGGUCGGAUCUCUUUGUUGUACUUAAAACAAAGAACUGUCACAUCUCAACUCCUGAUUCUCGUCUGAUCAUCUCCACCCAAACAAAAGCAAGAAACUUUGUGAUCUGUUUUCUCUGCUCUUUGAUCUGGAUUCUGAUUCUUGUUUCCUAUGCUUGCUUCUUCAGUCUUCACUAUUAAAGGCGUCUUCUUGGUCACAACGAAGAUCAUGAAAAAUGCAGUCUUUUGAAGAUUUGAGGUAAGAAAUGAGCUACUGAUCCUGUUUCCUUUACUUGGUAUUUUCUGUUUUUCAGUGAUCACCUUCCAUUGAUUUUUAAUGGAACAAAAUCAAGAGAAGAAGUUUGUUUGCAAGUUUUGCAACAAGAGGUACCCAUGUGGGAAGUCCUUAGGUGGUCACAUAAGGACUCAUAUGAAUAAUGAGAAUUCUGCUGAAGCAGAGGAAGGGGCAGCUGAACUCUCCAUAAACAAGCUUCUUUCCAGCAGUAAUGUAAGAAACACCAACAGAGUUGCUGAGGCUGAAGCUGGUGGCCAAUCUGCUGCUUAUGGUCUGAGGGAGAACCCCAAGAAAACCAAGAGGUUUUCUGAUUCAGGCAACGCUUCUGUACUCAAAGAGAUGAUUUGUAAAGAAUGUGGUAAGGGUUUCCAAUCAUUGAAAGCUCUUUGUGGUCACUUGGCUUGUCACUCAGAGAAAGAGAGGGUCUUUCAGAAGUUUGAGGAUCAUUCAGGUAAUAGUGAAAAACAGAAGAUGAUAAUGGAUAGUCAGUCAGAUACUGAAACAUCGGCUCCAAGUAGGAGGAGGAGAUCCAAAAGAAUAAGGUACAAGCCAAUGGGCGUUUACUCUAAUAAUUCAGUUUCUUUGGCAAAUGGUUCUUCUUCUGUAUCAGAGAUAGAGCAAGAACAAGAAGAGGUGGCUAUGUGUUUGAUGAUGCUGUCAAGGGAUUCUAGUUGUAAGAAAGGAUUGAAUUCGAUUGCUGACUCUUCAGAUAACAAUUCUGUCGUUUUGGAAGCUAAAUCAUCGUCUAUUGAUGUGAGGAUUACUAUUAAGAAUGACAUGAAAUGUGUUUCUAACGGUGGUGAGUUUCUGAAGAUGAAAAAACAAAGAGACAGCAAGUUGAAAUCUGUUGAGUCCGGUCCUUCUUCUGAGAAUACUGAUUCUGGGUAUUUUAGGAAUGGGCACAAGAAGGUGGAAUCAGAUGUUUCUGUCGAUGGGUUUCUCAAGAAAGUUGAAUUUAAGAAACUUAAGGUGGAGUCUGGAUCUGGGUUUGAGGACUUUGAUGCAAAAUUUGGGAAGGGAUUGAGUAAACUCAAAUGUGAGAAAACUGAAUUUCCGAAGGAUUUGGUUAGUGAAGUAGGAGAUAAUCGAGCAGAUAGAGCUUUGACCAAGUAUGAUUUAAGAAGAAGUGCCAAGAAUGAUUAUUCCAGUCCUGAAUUUUUCUGCAACAGUUCUCCAAAGGGAAGCAAAUAUGAAUGUUUGACCUGUAACAAGACCUUCGAUUCCCACAGGGCUCUUGGAGGACACAGAGCAAGCCAUACAAAGGUUAACGACUGCAGUGAGUCAAUACAUGAGAGUGGUGGAGAAUGCUUAGCAAAUUAUUCUUUUCCUUUUCCAAUGACUGAUAGCAAAGUUACCAAGUCUUCAUAUGGAAAAAGCCAAAGUACUCCUCGUGGUUCAUCUGGCAAUGCUGAGAAAAGACUGGGAUCAAAGAAAAACAAGGGGCAUGAAUGUCCAUUCUGCUUCAGGGUUUUCAGGUCAGGCCAAGCUUUAGGAGGUCACAAAAGGUCCCAUUUCGUUGGAGGUUCCGAGGACAGAACAUUGGUGAUCAAGCAAGACUCACCAGAGAUGCCAGCUCUAAUCGAUCUUAACCUUCCAGCUCCUAUUGAGGAAGAUGCAAUUGGGAAUGCUGGGUUCAUGCCAUGGUAGAUUGGAAGCACCAGAAGCAUGACUCUUGCUGGUAUAGCAAAGUGGGUUUUGAUGUUCUAAAUGAGAAAAUUUUUGGGCAUAGGUUCGUUCAACAUGAUGCAAGAGAUUUUAGAGUGUAUAGACAAGUAAAUUUAAUUUUUUGUGUUUUCCCUGGGCUUCAAAUUCAAGUUGGUCUUUUGCUAAGGUAAAUGUUCCUCAUCUGUUGCUUUUGAACUGUGAAGAGCAGGUUCUCUUGCAUUUGGAAGUUCUUUUCUUUUGAUUUUAUCUAAUGUUCUUGGAUUAAAUCUUCAUUCUUACAACUUUCAUUUCUUUGUCCAUCUAUUUUAUCUUGAAACAUUAUCAACUAUGUUUCCUGUUUAGAACACCAUUUUCCAUGUUAAAGUAC